UUAUUAAUAUAUAGGCUAGAGUUAAAUGUUGACAUGGUUUACUUUAUUGUACAGUCUUUGUAUAAUCAUUCAAACUGUGAAAAGGUGCUAUUUGUCUGACAAACUUCAGAUGGAGAGUUUAGUUUGAUACAGAUGAUGAUCAAAUUAGAGUAGAGUAAGAGUAGUUAGUCUAUAACUGGUGUUAUAGAAAUAUGUGAAGGGGACCUCCACCUACCUGUUCUACCGAUACAUACAUUUUCACGCCCUUACCAUUUCUUUACACAGGAGAUGAGUGUGUAUUGUAGGGAGGCAACGGUACACAGUGUUAUCGAACCGUUCGGUACGCCCCGUACGGUUCAAUGUGCACACGUGAACAGCAGAAUUACGGUAUGCCUGUCAUCUUCCUAUUAUUUCCAAAAUGUUCUUAUUGCGCUGCAGACUACACGCACGUUGUACAUUCACACCCAGGGAACCAGACGUGCAUUUUGAGGCCAUUAGGGGGCUUCUGAGGGCUGACAAACUUUACUCCACACCAAUGUCUCAAAAUGUAGUGACCGCAACCCCCUCCCUGUUAAACAACUAAUGGAUGAUUUGCAAUGACUUCCCAGUAGGAAAUCUCUCUAAAGGGUCCCCAUGAAGAGGGGGGAACUAAAAACAAAUUAUCUCAUCUCCAACGUGGCAAUGGCGAGCACUAGCGAGACAGAGAAGCACAUUUUAAAGAGGCACUGUCGUCUUUCAAGUCCGCUGUGUGGGAACAUUUUGGAUUCAGCGGUGAAUACGAUGAUAAGGGUGGAGCUGGAGCAAGGAGAGUCCACUCGUUAGCCAAAACAGAACAAUCUCUCGCUGCUGCCUUCCAACAACAAUUUGCGACAAAUUCAGAAAAACAAAGAAAUAACGAGAGCAGUGGGAGUAUUCAUAUCUGAAGAUUUGCAGCCCUAUUCGGUGGUUACUGACUCGGGAUUUCGUCACCUGAUAAAAAAAAAGAAAAGAUUAGCGCACAUUUCAAGCAGCAAAUGAAUUCCCAAACUCUAUGAAACAUCACGGAGAGAAAUUGAAAAGGAAUUGACACAGACACCCAAUCUAGCUCUCCGCUGAUAGCUGGUCUUCCAGAGCAACUCAAAGCUACCUCACUGAGACGGUUCACUAUGUACUGGAUUGGGAGAUGAAGAGCUACAGGAUGCCGACAGACCUCGCUGAUGAACUAUCAAAAAGGCUGUGCAAACAAAAUAAGAGGAUAGUGUACACUGUUUUAGAGUACAGCCCCUUGCUGGACUCUUGCAAUAUGACCACAGAUGACUGGGCUACAAUUGGGAAGGACAUUGAGAAACACUAUGAGAAGUAUGACGGUUUUGUCAUUCUCCACGGCACAGACACCAUGGCCUACACAGCAUCUGCUCUGUCCUUCAUGUGUGAGCAUCUGGGGAAGCCUGUCAUCCUCACCGGCUCCCAGGUGCCGAUCUAUGAGAUGAGGAACGAUGGAAGAGACAACCUGUUGGGGGCACUGCUGAUCGCUGGUCAGUUUGUCAUUCCUGAGGUUUGUCUGUAUUUCCACAACAAGCUGUACCGGGGCAACCGUGUGACCAAGGUGGAUUCUGGGAGUUUCAAUGCCUUCAAUUCUCCUAACCUGGCUCCUCUGGCCAAUGCUGAAGUGGAUAUUAAAAUUAACUGGGACACGGUGUGGAGAGCAAACACAACCUCGCGGUUCAGAGUGAGCACUCAGAUGAACCGUAACGUGGGUCUGCUGAGACUCUUCCCAGGCAUCACUGCGAUGACCGUGAAGUCCUUCCUGCAGGCGCCCAUGGAGGCCAUUGUCCUGGAGACGUAUGGUAGUGGAAACGCCCCUGACAACCGUGCUGACCUGCUUGAGGAGUUCCGGAAUGCCACAGAGAGGGGCGUGAUCAUUGUCAACUGCACCCAGUGUCUGAGGGGUUCUGUCACCACAUCGUACGCCACUGGAAAGGCCUUGAGUGACGCAGGACUGGUGGCAGGCUGUGAUAUGACUCCUGAGGCUGCCCUGUGCAAGCUGUCCUACGUGCUGGCCAGGACGGACCUCAGCAUAGAGGCCAAAAGAAAGAUGCUGAGUCAGAACCUGCGGGGAGAGAUGAUCGCUGACCUGCAGGGGGCCAAGCUCACUCUGAGUGACAGUCGCUUCAUCCAGGUCAUCGCCAAGUCCCUGAGCAUCAGCUGUAAGGAGGAGCUAGAAGCUGUCCGGGAUGCUCUGACACCCACCUUAGCUUGUGCCGCUUCUAAGAUAGGAGACUUGGAGGCCUUGGAUGCCAUAAAGGAGAUGGGCAGUAACUUAAGUCUGGGGGACUAUGAUGGACGUACCCCUCUGCACAUCGCUUCCUGUGAGGGCCACCUCAAUGUGGUGCAGUAUCUACUGAGCCAGGGCGCCACUGUCUACGCCAAAGAUCGCUAUGGGGACACACCCCUGCGCAAUGCUGUGCGCUUCAGACACAAAGAGGUGGUGAAGCUGCUGAGAAAGACUGGAGCUCAUUUCUCCAGGGAUGAGUUGGAGGAUGCCGGCUCAGAGCUGUGCAGUCUGGCAGCCAGUGCUGACAUCAAGGGCCUGGAGAUGUGGCACCUGGCCGGGGGAGACCUGGACACGCCAGGCUACGACGGGCAGACGCCGAUGGAGGUGGCUAAGGCUGUGGGGAAUGAAGUUGUGAUUGACUUCAUACACCAAGUCAGCCAGUCCCACGCCCAGCCUCUGUUUAAAGAUGAUGCUGAGAAUGGAGAAUACAUUGAGUUCUCAGCCUGUCCAAAAGAAUCCUGAAGACUAAGACCCUCAACUCUUACCUUUCCAUUUUACUCUCUUACACUGGAUAUUUGCACAAGUUUGCAGAUUAACAGUUUUUAUUUAGAUUCAUCCAAACAUUCACAAUUGAUAUAUUUGCAUUAAUCUCAUGUACAGUUGGUAAACUGUAGUUGUAAAAGCACAAGUAGCACAACAUUGUAUUGUUAAGUAAUAUGGAUGCUCUGUGCCUAUAACAGGCAGCACUAUAUCUGUUUGUUUUGUAUGUACCACAGUAUAUGAUGUAUGUGGAAGCAAUUCACUCUAAUAGGAAUGAUCAGAGUUCAUUGGAAGCACAGGGUAGAAUGCUGUUAUUUAUAAGAGGCAUUUGAUUGGUAGAAUGCUGUACCUUUUAGAUGUGCUUUAUGAAACACAACGAGACAUUUAUUCUAAACGGAAAUCAUUGUGUGAAUAACUGUUUGCCUAUAUGUUUAUAGUCUCACUUAGACUGCAUGAAUGAUACCUCUACUUUCAGGGAGUUGGAAGAAAUGUAUGAGGUGUUUCCUGUUUAUUAAACAGAACAAUCCAUCCCUCUGUUCUGCUUCCACACAGCUCCUAGCAUCCAAACCCAGGGUCCUCUAUAGUUGAUAAAAGCAUCUGAUAAAUUACAUUUUUAUCUAAAGCAACUUGCAGAGACAAAAGGUUACUCCAAUCAAUGUGAAAUUCCAACCCACAUUGUCUUCUAUAGUUGGGGUUGUGUACUACAUAUUCUGCCUGUCUCAUCCUGCUUCCUUGUUACCCUACUCUAACAGCCCGGACAGAGACCAAUGUCUAAUAGCUGGACAUCACUUCAGCUGUUAUCUAAUAACUGUUACUCAGUGCUACGCUCCUCUACUUGCUAUGUUCAUGGUCAAUUAACUAUUUGAUUCAAUUAAAAUGUCAACAUUUAUUAGUAUGUGUCAAUCCAUGUCAUGGUUUAUGUCAUGCAUAUUUGUACUAUUGUGUAACUAGUAGAAAAUAUAUCAUAACUUUAUACUUGACUGUGAUUAAAUGUAUACAUCUAUGCUGCA